GUUGGCUGCAAUGUCUAUGGAGUUGCAAAGGCAACACGAUAGGAUGAGCGCCUUCGAGAUGCUUGAACACUUGAAAAGUCUGUUUGAUUUGGAAAGUCAGACUCUAGAGUAUGAACUUCUGGCAGACAUUUUCAAGUGUAGGCUUCAAGAGGGUGGCAACGUGUCUGAGCACGUCCUCAAAAUGAUUGGCUUAAUUGAAAGAGUUGCUACCACCAGAAUUAAGUUUGAGGAUCGUGUCUCAGCUGCUAUCAUCCUAUAUUCGCUUCCAAGUUCAUUUACUAACUUCAUUGUGAAUUAUAAUUUGAACAAAACGAAAGCGACCAUGCCUGAAAUUCAUAACAUGCUCAAGUCUUAUGAAGCAUCAAUCUCUAAAGGAAAGACUGUUCUUAUGGUAAGCUCUAAUGCUAAGUCUCGUUCUAAGAACAAGAAUAAGCAAAAGAAGAAAGGUAAGGUUGGACCUAUUCCUACAGCUCUGAAGCCUAAAGGUGGAGGUCAUAUGAAGCCAAAGGUUGCAAAGAAUGUUUGCCUUUACUGCAAAGAGAAGGGACAUUGGAAGAGAGAUGGUGAGCUGUAUAAGGCUAAUCUAGCCAAAGCACCGGGUGCUUCAAGCUCAGAAGCCUGAGAAGCAGUGUAGCAGUUGGACUGGGUAAAAUUAACCUACGCGUGAAGGCUGGAGCAAAAGUUGCUGCUGAACAUGAUAGGAUCUUAUAGUUUAGAUUUUCCCAGUGGUUUUAGAUUAGAAUUAAAUAAUUGUUAUUUUAUUCCUUCUAUUACCAAGAAGAUUAUUUCCAUUCAUA